GGCUGGGUGGACGGAGCAGAAGCGCUUUGGUUCCCCGUGUGUUGCUGAUUUUGUGUGGAGGAAGAAGGAAAGCGGCUGAGAAAUCCCCGAGCUGUCCUCACUCUGAAACGGAUUUUAUUUAUUCUGUCCCCUCGUCAUGUGUACUCCUUGUUGUGUCGCGCAGCUGGCCUGCUGCUGCGGCUCAGCGGCCUGCUCGUGCUGCUGUAAGUGCUGCCCGAAGAUCAAACAAUCCACAGGGACCCGAAUCAUGUAUGCCUUGUACUUCCUGUUGGUCACCGUCCUCUGUGCCGUCAUGAUGUCGCCCACUGUGGAGCAAGCGUUGAAAGAGAACAUCCCCUUCUACACUGAGUUUUGCCAGACGGUGAAUGCAGGAGAAAACUGCAAAACUCUGGUUGGAUACGCUGCUGUGUACAAGGUGUGCUUUGGCAUGGCCUGCUUCUUCUUGUUCUUCUGUAUCUUCACUCUACGGGUCAACAACAGCACGGGCUGCCGGGCAGCCGUACAUAACGGAUUCUGGUUACUGAAGUUUAUCGCGCUGGUGGCGUGUUGCGCUGGAGGCUUCUUCCUCCCCAAUGAGUCAACAUUCCUGGAAGUUUGGCGCUACAUAGGAGCCGUUGGCGGGUUCUUUUUCCUAUUGAUCCAGCUCAUGCUGUUGGUGGAGUUUGCACACAGAUGGAACGCAAACUGGUAUUCAGGAGUGAAGUAUAACCGCCUGUGGUAUGCAGCACUGGCCUUUGUGACUCUGGUUCUGUUCAGCGUUGGAGUCGGAGCCGUAAUCUUCAUGGGUAUUUUCUACACUCACCCCGAGGCUUGUCUACUCAAUAAGAUUUUUCUGGGCAUCAACGGCAGCCUCUGCCUCGUCGUCUCCCUGCUGGCCAUCUCCCCGUUCAUACAGAAACUGCAGCCCAACUCAGGACUUUUGCAGCCAGGAGUCAUCACUGUCUAUGUCAUGUACCUCACCUUCUCAGCCUUUUCCAGCAAGCCAAAAGAAAUGGUGGUACUUGAUGGUGUGAACACUACCGUAUGUGUGUUCCCCUUCAACUCUGGGACGGAAAGCGACAAAAAGAUUGUCACUGGACUGGGAACCGUCAUCCUGUUUGGCUGUGUCCUUUACUCUUGCUUGACGUCCACCACUCGACGAAGCUCAGCAGCGCUCAGAGUGUGUAGGAACACUGAGCCGGAGACAGAGAGAGCUCGCUGCUGUUUCUGCUUUGGAGAUGACACAGAAGAAUACGAUGAGGAGAAGACAGGUUCAGGCCAGAAUGUGGUGUAUGAUGAGAGAGAGGGAACCAUCUACAGCUACGCCUUCUUUCACUUUGUCUUCUUCCUUGGCUCCCUCUAUGUCAUGAUGACCGUCACCAACUGGUUUCACUACGACGACCACAAGAUUGAGAAGCUUUUGGACGGGAGCUGGUCAGUGUUCUGGAUCAAGAUGGCCUCCUGUUGGGUGUGUCUCAUCCUCUACAUGUGGACCCUCGUCGCCCCCAUCGUCUGCCCAAAGCGCUUUGUGGCCUAGUUGUAACAUCACUUGUGGUCUGGAUGUGGCCGGGCGGAAGCUUAUACUCUGGGCCGAGAGACUACCACAGACCUCCCUUACCUUGAAACACAACCCUACACUACCCUCAGUGUUUGAAAUGGAGGAUUAUCUGUUGCCUUUUAUUUUAUAUGCUAGUGUUUACUUUGUUUUACAAUGUUAAGCUGUUAAUACCUUGAUGGUGAUUUUUUUGUACUAUUAUUAUUUCUUUUAGUACCACUGACACGCAAAGUUUUCUAUGGCUUACAGGUUUGAAACUAGAUGAAGAAUCAUGGGAUUUGAGUUACAUUGGGAAUCAUUCAACCCCUAAAGAUGACUUCAGACCUGAAAGUGUGUUUCUUUAUGUGUCUCUCUUGCUUUCACGCUCACCCAGGCAUUUUAGUUCUGUACAGUCAGAUCACAAAGUUGUAUCAAGGUUUUGGGACAUAUUUAUUUCAAGUUUAAGAUGUUACAGAAGAUAUUGUAUUUAUUUAAAUGUGUCUUAAGGAAUCAAAAAAGGAAUACGGUGUGAACUGAAUUAGAUUUGUCCCUGACUCUGUUGAAGAACUCAUCUCUCAGGCUCGUGUUUAAGCUGUACAUGUUGACGCUUUGUUAUAUUGUGCCCUUUUGUAGAGGUUUUCUAUGCAACAGCUCUUUUUAAUAUUAGACGCUCUGUGUUGUGAAGUUUCCACUUAGAUUCAAAGCAAAAUGUUUAAGGUUUUAAUAUGUCAGUGCUCCCUUUGAGCCAGAUCUUUUCUUAGGAAAAUAUCAUGUCAUUGAAAGGUUUCCAGUCAUCGUCGCUGUUGAACACGGCAGCACUCUUAAAAAAAUCAACCUGACUAACGCAAGAGUGACGUUAGCGGAGCGCCACCUCUCUCAAAGAGCUGCAGUGACACAGAUGAGAAACAUUUGCCAAAGGUAGAUGUCAGAAAACCAGAAAAUACUUAGUUUACUCAUUUCUUUACUAAUCUGUUACAGAGAAACAUCUAACUGAAAGCAUUAUAUAUUUGCAUGCAUACAUAGACACUUAAACCAGCUGUUUUCUGUACAGUUAUAAGUGCUUUCUGGCUCGUCUUUGUUACAUGCGUCCGUUUUAUCAUUGUGGUCAGAAUAAAGUAGCACGACCGCUUUUAUCAGCAAGUUAUUCAACACUGGAUGUUGAGUUUACUGCCGAAUUUACAUACAUACCUGUUUCAGAGGGUCUCCUGUGUUAAUUAUGUAACUGUUUUUUUUUAAUUGUAUAAAAAUACAAGAUAUAUUACACAAGCAAAUCCUUUUUUGUAUCUAAUUCCUUCAGUUCUUGCUUUUCUUUUGUCUAAUUGGAUUCCUAACAUGUUGGGGGGUUUUUUCAAUUUUUUUUAUAAUUUAUACGUACAUUUUGGAAAACCAUCCAAGAUGUGUGGAAACUUUUUGUUUGCAUUUUUUUGCUUUAUAUAACUUUUUUCCCCCUGCCUUUUAAUUAUUGGUAUGAAUGUAGACAUUUUGUGGUGCUGAGCAACUUUGAUAUAUUAAAAAAAAUGAAUCAAUAGACCCACUGUGAAGGCUGUAUACUACCACAGAAACAUGUAUGCUUGAAAUAAAUCGAAGCAGGUGCCAUGGAGUUUGCAUUGCUCGCACUCUUUCAAUAAAACAUCCAUUGAUACAA